GUGACCAGUUACUGUCCAGUUCAUUGAACUUCAUUCGCUCAUAGUUUUUUCAUUUGAAUAAUAAAGUUUGAUAAUAAAACAACGGCUUUAUAGCACAUAUAUUUUAUCGUGAGUCAUGGGAACUGCUGCAGAAAACAUUCCUCAACUUCCAAAAGUUGUUGAGAAAGAUGGGUUUAUCAUCAGAAAUGGUAGACCUGAUGAUUGUGCUGCAAUUGUAAGGUAUAUAAAGGAUUUAGCUGUUUAUGAAAAAGAACCAGAAUCUGUUGUUGAAGUUACUGAAGAAGUGCUGAGGAAAGAUGGUUUCGGAGAUUCACCUACGUUUAGAUGUCUUGUAGCUGAAAAACAAAAUGAAGGACAAAGAAUAAUUGUAGGAUAUGCUAUAUAUGUCAAUUCAUAUUCGACUUGGAAAGGAAGAUCGCUUUGGAUUGAAGAUCUCUUUGUUAGACCCGAUUCACGAGGUCAAGGAAUUGGGCUAGAAUUUUUAAAAUGCCUCUCGAAGAUUUCACUCGAUAAUGGGCUGGCAAAGAUUCGUUGUAACGUUUUAUGCUGGAAUGAUAUCGCAAUUUCAUUUUAUGACAAAAUCGGUGGAAUUGUAGAAGACGAGUGGAGGCAAUGCACGUUUACUCAUGAAGUUAUGAAACAAUUGGUGAAAUCACAACCUUAAUGUAUGAGAAGAUCAAUUAUUAUAUAGCAGACCAUGUUUCAAUAUAAACACAUAUUAGAUACGUUAAUAAUUAACUUGAAUAUGCAGUAAUGAAUUGAAUAUGCAGUAUUUGAAAUUAUCUCCACGUGAAAGUUGAGAACGAGAGGCACACGAGAGCGAGAAACAUGACGGAGAGUGCAUGUGCAGUCACUUACGAUUAACGAGUGCCUAAUGAGUCACUCGCAGGUAAUGGAUAAAAUAGCUUUGCACGAGUGAUAUACGAUUGAAUAUUUGUACACACUCGCAGAUUUACGUUUAGAAUUUGAGGUAUUGCAAAUUUUUAGAACAGGCAUUAUAAACACGCAGUUGUUAUAACUGCACUGACUAGUCACCGAUAUAUUAACGAUUUAAUGCGAUAAACCAUAUGGUAUAAUGGUUGCUGUUGUUUUGAUGUCUAAACUCUAAAUAUAUAAAGUCAUAACCUCCCCCCCAAACUAUAAGUUAUAAUAUAUAAAAACUUACCUUCAUUAACUUCGCCAUCUAGCAAAAAAGCAUUGGUUUGAGCUGGUAAAAACAAAUCGAUAAAUGAUCGAGCACAGCUGCAGUUAAUUAUUGCAGCCCAAAGUUAGCAAGUGGUCUUUCAUUAUUUAUCCGAUAUCCCAAUGUCAAUAACUUUAAACGAGCUUAUAUACCAAGCGGAAACCAAAGUAUUUACUAAAUCGCAAUGAAUAUAGAGUAAGAGAAAAUAUAAAGUUUGGCCGUUGCAUCAAAACAGUAUAACGACGAGGGGGAUUUGAUUAAUCUGUUGUUAAUUUAUGCAAACCAUGCAUGCAGGUUGUGGAAACAACGAUAAAAAGACUUUUCGAAACAAUAUUUUUUUUUAUUUUAACAGUUAAUGAGCUUUGGUCUAUAGAUUUUGUAUAUAUGUCUGACUAUGGGCAAUAAAUAGGUCGAAGUGGCUGUGUAAUGCCUAAUGGGAAAACAUGUUUUUCCUUCGCGAAAUUGUUCUCACUUAAUUAUUUCGUGCAAAAGGGCUAUGAUAGUGAAACUCGUAUAGCUACAAGACACUUCUUUCAUAAAAUAUGUAAGUAAGUAUAUAUAGGUAAGUUCUUAUUUGCCUUGGGAGUUGAUGUCAUAACUUUAUAUACAUAGUUUAAAGAUCAGACAGUGCCCUAUUAAAUUAGAUGCAUAUUAGUAAUUAAGCUUUUAGGUACACCCCGGAAGUAUAUAAUACUGCAAAGCUUUCGGUCCGUUAACCCGGGCCUUCAUCAGUGCAAUAGGCCCGGGUUAACGGGCCGAAAGCUUUGCAGUAUUAUAUACUUACGUGGUGUACCUGCAAGCUUAAUUACUUAUCGAUUGUCACCAUGCAAACGUCCAAGAAUAUUAUUCGAUGCAUAUUGCGCUGAUUGUAAUAGAUACUCUAACUAUAGUUAUAAUACAGGUUCUCUAGACUUUUGGAAUACCCAAAAUCUUAAACACUAAACAUAUCUAAUGUAAUUAAUGGCAUAUCACUCGUACAUUUGCUACACGUUAUACUUUUCGAGUGAUUCUCCGCCGUUUAUCGCGACUCGCACACUACCUAUUUGGUUAGCUCUAGACGGCUACUACGUUACCAUCGAUUUGUAUCACAGUUUUUAAAUA